AUGACGGUGCCAGUGCCCAACAGCACGGCAGUGUCGUGGGCACUGCCAGAGCCGGAGCUGGAGCGCUCACCCUGCCUGGUUGGCAUCGUGCCCAUCGUGUACUACAGCGUCCUGCUGGGGCUGGGGCUGCCAGCGAACAUCCUGACCGCCGUGGCCCUGUCCCGCCUGGCCACCAGGACCAAGAAAUCGUCCUACUGGUACCUGCUGGCCCUGACCACCUCCGACAUCCUCACCCAGGUCUUCAUCAUCUUCGUGGGCUUCAUCCUGCAGACGGCCAUCCUGGCGCGGGCGGUGCCCGGCGCCUUCAUCCACACCGUCACCGUGCUGGAGUUCACGGCCAACCACGCGUCCACCUGGGUCACGGUGCUGCUGACCGUGGACCGCUACGUGGCCCUGUGCCACCCUCUGCGCUACCGCGCCGUGUCCUACCCACGCCGCACCCGCCGCAUCAUCGCCGCCGUCUUCGCCGCCGCGCUGGCCACCGGCGUCCCCUUCUACUGGUGGCUGGACAUGUGGCGCGACGCCAACGCCCCCACGGCGCUGGACACGGCGCUCAAGUGGCUGCACUGCGUCGCCAUCUAUUUCCUGCCCUGCGGCAUCUUCCUGGCCGCCAACUCGGCCAUCGUGCGCAAGCUGCGGCGGCGGAGGCGCGCGGGGGGCGGCAAGGCCGCGGCGCUGCUGCUGGCCGUCACCGCCGCCUUCGUCGUGCUCUGGGCUCCCCGCGCCGUCGUCACCAUGUGCCACCUGUACGUGGCCUCGGUCAGGAGGGACUGGCGCGUGCACCUGGCCUUGGACGUGGCCAACAUGGUGGCCAUGCUCAACACCUCCCUCAACUUCUUCCUCUACUGCUUCGUCAGCCGCACCUUCCGGCGCGCCGUGGGCGAGGUGCUGCGGGGGCAGCCGCGGGCAGCCCCUCGCCGUGGCAGCGCCCGCUGCCCACCCUUCCCACCCCCGGGCCUGGAACCGCUGAAACUGCUGGGCAGCACCACGCUCUGA